AUGGAUGAUUUGCUCGGCCGCCCCCUCGUGUGUCAUAUCGCAGCCGAGCGUGGCCUGUCAUCCCACAGGGGCAUCCGGAGCCGGCUGUGGGAUUUUGGCCGAGAGCGACUCGAUCUCCGGGAGCUCUUUACUGCCGGAGGAGCAUCGGGUGACGGCGAUAACCUUCUCGUUGAGAAGGGCUGCUAUGGUGAUGGGUUCUGGUACAAUUCAAGGGGAUGGCUUUGGCAAAGGGAUACCAAUAUCAACCUCCACGCGCCGGUCCGCCCCCGCAGAAACACCUCCCAGGGUUACCCUAUUUUUGCCUCCAAAGUCUCCGCUGGUGAGGGCGAAUUUGAGAGCCCAUCUCUUCUGCUGGAAGACCAGGUGAUCCGGGAUAGUAGAUUCUGUGGCAUGGCAUGGCAACAGAGGGUCUUGGUGCUUGGUUGGAGAAACCUCGCCUUUCCUUACUUGAUGGUCACAUCCCGAUAG